UUUUGCGGAAAUUGUUCAUCUCAUAUGAUUAAUGGCUCAUGUUAGUUCGGAGGUCUCUUUUUUCAAAAAAAUAGUCGACAAUAAAAUGUGCACAAUUAUUUUCUUUGUGGGGAUAUGCACAAGUAAUUUAGCCGGCAGCAGUGAAUAGCUUCAUCACCACAUGAAAUCUUCACUUUUGUGUUGUUUGUUUUCACUGGUUUCUUUCCUUUUUUCCUUCAUUCUUCCCAAUAAAUUUUUGUUGAGUGGUCUUCGAUUAUUUCAGUUCCUUUUUCAUGAUUUUCAGCUUUCUUUAGAUUUCUAAUUUUCUUUUUCCUUCCUUUAUUUAAUUUAUUUCCUUCUGGUUUUCUUAACGUUUCUUUUUUACUAUUUGAUUUUUCAUUAUUUCUUUUCCUGUUCAAUUUUAAAAUUCGUGAACAAUUUUAGGAUACAUAAAAAUUCUUGAAUAAUUUUUAAAUACAAGAACAUUAAAAAAAUAUGCGGAUUUAUUUUAAAUAGUAAACUUUAUAACUUCAAGAACAUUUUUAAAAUACACGAAAAUAAAAAAUAUGAAAACAAUUAUAAUACCUAUUAUAUUUUUAUGUUUUGUUUUUGAAAAAGUUUGUGGACAUUUCACUUAAAAUUCAUUUAUACUUUUAUAACAUGCGUGGACAUUCUUUUAAAUCUUGUAACUGGCCGUUCUUAAAGUAUGUGACUAAAUUGUGCAGCCUCUACUUUUUUUUAGAAAACUGGGAAAAGAGACAUAUAAUUGCUCCAGUGCCGGAGCGUUGUAGUGGCUAGUCCCUCGCUACUAUGCGAAUGCCCUCCACUGUCGGAGGAGCUCGGGAGCUCCUUUGUGACCUGUGCAUCGAAAUGUCUCCCAGAAGCACAGAGCGUUUCCUACCAUCUGAAUUCGGCAUGGACCCAUCAAGGAUGGGGCAUGCCCUUGAACCAGGAAGGAUCACAUUUGAUGAGAAGAUGGAGAUAAGAAGGGCGAUAGAAGAAGGAAACAUUCCCCACGCCUACAUUUCUGCUAACUGCUUUGCUGCUUACUUUGUUCCUAACCUGUGUCAAAUGCAUACCCUUCUUCCACCCAAGGAGAAAGUUCAUGUCUAUGCAGAUGGCAACGUAAAAGCGAUAUUCAUGGACGAACAUGACGUUGCAGCAUACACAAUCAAGUGCAUUGAUGACCCACGAGCCUUGAACAAGACAAUAUACCUAAGGCCACAUGAAAACAUCCUUACUCAAAAUGAGUUGAUUGCUAAAUGGGAAAAGCUCUCAGGAAAGGUUCUUCAGAAAAUUCCCAUCCCGAGUGGUGAAUUCUUGGCAUUAAUGAAAGGUACAGACCUUGCUAAUCAGGUGGGGAUAGGGCAUUACUAUCACAUUUUUUAUGAGGGUUGCUUGACAAACUUCCGUGGAGAUUCAUUGAUAUGUUACUCAACAUGGGCAUAG